ACAGGGAGGGUCAGGGGUCACACCCAACUACAACAGGUAGGGUCAGGGGUCACUACGACAGGUAGGGUCAGGGGUCACACCGAACUACAACAGGUAGGGUCAGGGUUGUCGAUACACUUGCCAGGUGUUAUGAUAUGUAACGCUUGUAACGGUCGAUGCUCCGUUGUCCCUCUCAGGGCCCAGCAGCUGCUGCUGCUGCGACUCAGAACCAUGGCCUCGGAGCAGAAGAAAUUCAAGAAGAAGGUGGUACGUCUGCCCGCCUCAAGGCUACUGACACAAGCUCAGGAGGUAGAGCGGGAUGGCUGGUAACCUCCGGUUACCAGCCAUCUCGAGGUGACCCUGAGCAAGACGCCUCUACCUGACUGCUCCUGACAAGCUGGCUGUUGCCUUGGAUGAAAGCAUCAGCAAAAUCCCCUUCAUUUAAAAAAGUAGAAUGUGUGUUCUCUCCUGCAGCUCUCCAGGAAGGCGGUGGCCCGGCGGGUGCGUCUGGUGAAGGCCGUGGCUCCGGGCGCCGGGGGCCCGUCCACCCAGGUCCUCUACACGCUGAGCCACCGCCAGGAGGAGCAGCUGAUCCCCUACAGCCUGGUGCAGCCGGUGCAGGCGGGGGCGCGGCGGCCGGUUCUCUUCUCCCCCUCGCCGCUCUCCAGGGGGCUCAUAGAGCAGCUGCUGCAGCCCGCCAUGUCCCAGCUGCAGUUCAACACCUGCCCUCCAGAACCCAUCCCGGCCACGAGAGGUGCCAGAAACACGUGUUUAUGCUGAACCCCUCGAUUCCAGACGACUCUCUGGGCAUCAGGCUGCAGUCCAUACAAGACAUCGUCAGCCAGGAUAAGCACUGUCUGCUGGAGCUCAGCCUGGCCAAUGUGCAGGGCCUGCUGAAGCAGGGAGUGUACCCAAUCGUCAUCCACAUCCAGCCCAAGAACAAGAAGUACGGGAGACUGAAGAAGUGGUUUCCCCAGUGCGGAGAGGAGAAGUUGAUUGAGGAUCUGUGUCGGAGGGAGGAACUGCAGCUGGAGACUCUUCCACUGUUCCACCACACGCUGGAGCCCAGCCGCUGGAGCAGCACGGACGACCUGCUGUCCGCCAUCCGCAGUGCCAUCGACAGCCAACAGAGGGCGGUAGCCUGGGUGGAAUUUGAGAGACUGCAGUAACCGCAGCCGGCCGCCAUACGCAGUGCCAUCCAGGACCAGCAGAGGGCGUGGCGCAGGUGGAAGUACCGUCCUUAGCCAGUAGAGGGCACUGGGAUUGGUGGAACUGGACAGACUUCAGUAACUGCAAGGCAGGUUAUUGACCAGUAGGCGACACAUGCACCUCGCCCACAAAAAAGGAAAUUUGGCAUUUCAUAGGAUUUAAACCACUGCAGUCUUUUUUAAUCAAACGACUGCAAAACCUUUGUUUGUAGAUAGAUUAUCGGAUGUGUUAUUGUCCUAUUGCGGUUGCUAUAUAUGUAAAUUCAUUCAUUUAAAUUAAUAGGGCUAUUGGCACAACAGUACCAAUACUUGGUACUGUUUUGUUCUGGGGCUGACAGCGGCUGGCACAGUCCACCAGAACAGACGUUCUCACAGAGCCUUUCACUCACUCUGGCAGCGUCUUUAGAGGGCCAUGGGGGUAGAUUACCAGGCUGUAUACCUCAAAGAUUCACUCAGGUGUUAUUCUCAUCCAAUCCAGAACCGGCCAAGGAAAUAACUCUUCGGAUCUGUAUUUUUUUUAAUCUGUUGACCAGGUUAAAGUUCAAAUAGUUUCACUUUGUGUUUGUACAAAUGCACAACCUUAAAACUUUGUUUUUUCUA